CCAAUGAUAGGAAUGCUGGGUGGUACAAAAUUGGCAAUACUGAGAGAGAAAUGACAAGAGCCACUGCAGCUUUCCAUAACGUCGAGCAAAGGAAACGGAAACAUCGUGCAAAAUCAUCCAAAGUAAUGAUGAAAUUGAUAAGGGAAACUCGAAGGUCAUAUGGGAAACAAGGCAGGAAGAAGAAGAACAAGAACAAGAAGAUUCAAUUUUCAAGCAGGGAAAUCUCCGGCCUCGGAAGAAGCAGCAGAGUUGCUGGAAAGAAGCUGCGGCAGCACCACCUCAGGCGCCGGCUUAAGCGGAUGGAAACCGAACUGGAAAAGAUGAAAGCGGAGAUGAGGGACUCGGCUGAGUCCCUAAUGGCAGCUAAAGUAGAAGCUGAUCAGGCUGAGGCUAAACUUCAAGUGCUGAAGUUGAAGCUUUUGGCAAUGAAGGAAAUUGAAGCUUUUCUCAUGGGUUUUCUUUGACUCCAACUAUAACCUUUAUUUGAGAAUGUAUAAUUAUCUUUCGAGUUUAGGACCUUCAUGUCCUCCUUGCUAGGUCACAAGCAACGCCUCCUUGACUCAUUGGAGGGCUACAAUCGAUAAGUAUCAUGAGCUCGAGACUUAAAUAUACUUUUCUUAUUUAUAAGAGUUGUUCUUGUGUAGUUAAAUUGGAAUGAUUCUCUUAAGUUAGUUGGGGUUCUUGCUAA